GAGUUGAAGAAGGUCUGACAGUUCCACAAAAUCUGACUGCAGUUAUGUGAACAAGACACAUCGUGCACGCGCGGAAAUGAAAAGUCCAAGGACAAUCCUUGCUAAUAUGCAGAACAGUAUGAGAUUGAAAUUGGGUGGACAAUCGGGAAGAGUACUGGAAAUGAGUCGACCAUCAGAAAUUUCUUUUCAUAAGGAUGAAGAAGUCAGCGGUGAAAAGUGUUCAUCAGAAACUUUAUUGGCAAUAAAAGAAGAGGUGGUGAUUGACGAUGACACAGCCAACGUCACGAAUGAAACCAAUAAUAAAAAUCAGGUGGGGAAUCGCAAACAAGGAUUAAAGUACAGCUGCGACCUCUGCAAUGUUUCAUACAAGUUUAAGAGAACGUAUAGUAAACAUAUGAGGAAACACAGCGAGUUACGACCUUUUAAGUGUAAAGUGUGCGGAAAAAAAUUCAAAUACAAAUCCGGUUUGAAAAAGCACGUAAGAGAUCAACACGACGAUACCGCACCUUUAUAUUCUUGUAAGAUAUGCGAAUUCUCAACUAAACACUAUCCUUACUUGCAAGUACACUUUACACGAAAACAUACCGACGAUUACAAAUACAAAUGUAGCUCUUGCAAGAAACAAUUUAAAGUGGAAACUGACUAUAAGGUUCAUAUGGCAGAUCAUGAGACUGGAUUGUUUGUAUGUGAUUUUUGCGGGUUGACAUACUCGAACAAGAGUUCUCUCUAUUAUCACAGAAACUACAAGCACACAAACAAACUGAAGUCAUUCGAGUGCAAAGUUUGUAACAAGAAGCUUCAAAGCGAAAAGAAUCUAAAAAUUCAUCUUAAGCAACACGAGGAAACGUUUGUCUGUGAGGAAUGCGGAAUGAAGUUUGCUCGAAAGCAUGGCCUUACAAAACAUCGUCGCGUACACACCAAGGAAAAGUUACACGGCUGUCCUGUCUGUGGCAAAGCCUUCGCUUGUACGGCCACACAGAGAGUACAUUUUUUAACGCAUGCUGGCCUGCGACCCUAUGUAUGCAAUGUUUGUGGUUCAAAGUUCACGCAGAGAUCUUCGUUGAUGCUCCACUGGAAAAGAAAACACCCUGACGCUAUUGACCCUCCCCCGCCAGUCAUCCUGAACAACAUAUUGAAGACAAUAAAGCUAAAUGCCGAAUAGAAUCUAAGAUAUAUCAAAUAUUUGUGCAUAUUAUACAUACAGGACCAAUCGUAGAGAGAGUAACUUAUUAAUCAGAUAACCGAAGUGAAAAGUUUCCAAUUAUUUACUCGAACAGUUGGGUAUACAAGAUUUUCAAAGAGCUACAUGUUUUUCCUCAAUUCUUCAUUUUUUCAAUACUUUGUAGAUAUUUUCUUGAUAUUUAUAAUCCGUCUAUUGAACAUGUUAUAUUUUGAAUGAACUGCAUAGGGAAUACUAUGCAAGAAUACCUGUAUCAUAUAAUAAUGUAUCCUCGAGAAUAUAUCACUGAUCUUAUUACAAUUGAGAAAUAAAAUAUAAUUCAAUUGAAGCAAUUUU